CAAGGUCCACCAUCAACGCGGUACUCCCCGAACUGGGACCUUUUGGAUCGCGCAAAGUACCGCGCUGUUCCGCAGAGCUACGGGUUUAAAAGCGUCGGGCGAAAUCAGGACCGGCGUUUAAUGGGACCCCAUGGAUUUUGGUUACUUCCCGGAGCUUAUAAUCUGCAGGAAGUGGAUCAA